AUGGACGUGGCCUCCACUUGCAGCGUCGAUCGUGUCUUCCUUGAUCUAAAGUUGCUUGUGGACAACCUCAAUGUCAUGUUCCGAACAGGCAAAAUUGGAUAUACGUACGUGGGUGUAACAUUUCUCAAAAUUGAAGCUGCGUACCUGAACAUAACAUUUCUCAGAACAUUUGUUAUGUGUGCAAGAAAUUGGAGCUACGGCAGUGAUUUUCACUUGGAAUCCGAGAAUGUUGGUAACGAGGUGAGUCUUCCAUCUUUUUUAUCUUGCAUUGAAGAUACCGUUAACAAAUAUGAGGAGGACAUUCACUCUCUUUACCUUAUGUUGGAAUCUGAUGCACGUGGCAUACGUGAUGUUGGCGAUGAAGUGGUUUUUAAAUUUUUGAAACAGAUCAAAUCAUUUAAGCAAGCAAUCAUCCAAGUUUAUUUUGCUUUGGCUAGCAGCAAAUCAUUGGAAACAAAUUCUUGCAUGCCUGUUGAUGAACUAAUGGAAUUUAUAGACAGCAUUCUGCAAAAUCUAGCGGAUUUAACAACUAUCGAUUUGUGUAUUGUUGAAAUGGAUCCCCAAGUUAGUGUUCAAGUCCAAGCCCUUGAAGCAAAGCUAACAUUCUUGAAAAGCUUCAUUCCCUUUGCCAAAUUGCGAGGAACUGUAGAUAUUCCUGCCUUGCUGUUGGCUCACUUUGAAGUGGUGGCUUUGAACGCAGCAUGCCUCUCUUACAUGUGUUCUUGUUGGGAUGAUGCGUUCUGCAAUCCUGAGUUCUGCUCCAUGAUAUAUGAGCAACAACAGAAAAUCACGCCUAUUGAUUUUCAAGUCUAUGAGAUUUAUAUGGAAGUUCUUAGAGCUACAAGAUCCUCAAAAUCAUUGCAUAAUAGAAUGAUGGAUAAGCAGAUAUUGAACAACUUCAAUGAUUCUCUCAUAAGUUGUCUCUGGGAGCUGUUAUGCUGCAGCUCUAGCUUCAUGGAUUCUAUGAAACAUGAAAUGCAAAUACUCUAUGCAGGACUGAGGUUCUUGAGAAGCAUUUUAAGGGAGCAGCAGGAGAAGAGGGAUGAACAAAAUGAAACAAUUGGUGCUCUUCUUAGUGAGGCAGGCAUUAUAAUUUGCUCGCCUUCUCUAAACAGAGCGGAAGAAGGAGAAGUUAGCUUCUCAAAAUCCACAGAAGCCUUUGCCUGUUAUGAUAUGCUGGCUAAUACCAACAUUCGUAUCGAGCAUUUUAAGGAUCAGAUCAGUGGCUCAAGCAUUAUUGAAAGUGUUCCUUCCUUUCAUAGCUUAAGAGCAACAGAAGUUAGCAAGACUUCCGGCCGCAUGCUAUCAAAAGGUAAAAUGCCAAUAGCCCAUGAAGUCAUGGUUGGCCUUGAUGAUGAGGCAGCAAAAGUAAUUGAACGACUUAUAUGGGGAACAAAACAGGUGGAAAUUGUUCCCAUUGUGGGAAUGGCUGGGGUUGGUAAGACAACUUUAGCCAAAAAAGUUUACAAUGAUAGUUCAGUAAUCUGUAACUUCCACAUUCGUCUUUGGUGCACUGUUUCUCAAGAAUUUAACAUGAAAAGCUUGUUAAUACAAAUUUUGUGCUCUGAUGCCAAACAUUCCAGGAUGGAUGAUGACUUUCAAAAGGAUGAACAUGCAUUGCUUGAAAUGUUCCGCAAAAAGCUAUUGAAGAAUCGGUAUCUUGUUGUUUUUGAUGAUGUAUGGGACACCGGGGCAUGGCAUGAGCUGGGAAUUGCAUUCCCGGAUGACAAGAAUGGAAGUAGAAUCAUCUUUACGAGUCGAUCUUCUAAUGUAGCUUCACGGGUUCAAUAUGGUGGAGAACCUCACUAUCUUCACCCACUCAGUGAGAAAGAAAGUUUUGAAUUACUGCAGAAGAAGGUUUUUGGAAAAGAAGAUUGUCCUCAAGCAUUGCAUGGAUUGGGAAUGGAGAUCGCCAAAAAGUGCAAGGGAUUGCCACUUGCAAUUGUUGUUGUAGCUGGAGUCCUAGCAACUAUAGAGCAUGAUAUUUGUGUUUGGGAACAAUUUGCUGAAAGUUUAACUUCAACCACGGUGUCUGGUGCAGAACAAUUCAAGAAGUCGAUGGAGCUCAGUUAUGAGCAUUUACCAUAUCACUUGAAGGCAUGCUUGCUGUAUUUUGCUGCAUUUCGAGAGGAUGAAAAAAUUUGUGCCAAGAAGUUGAUGUGUCUCUGGAUUGCAGAAGGGUUCGUGGAAAUAAUUGAAGGAAAGAGAUCAGAGGAUAUUGCAGAAGAAUAUCUGAUGGACCUAAUUCAUCGAAACUUAGUUAUGGUAAGUGAAAACAGAUCCAUUGGUGGAGGCAAAACUUGUUACAUUCACGAUUUGAUAUUAGAGUUCUGUAAGACUGUGGCGAAGGAAAAAAAUUUUCUUCAGAUCCUGCGAGGAUAUGAUGAGCUUUCUAUCUUUAAUGAGCCUCCCAACCUACAUCGGUUGUCCAUUUGCUGCAGUGAAGAAGAUUUUAUAAAGUCAAAACUAUUUUGUCCAGAUUUAGAUACUCUGCUAUUCUUCAAUGCUACUCCAGGAGAUAAGUUUGGGAUGCUUAAUAUCUCCCCCUUUUUUUGCAUCUACAAACGUCUUAAAGUUUUGAAUUUAGAGGACAUUAACCUAAUGUUGAAGGAGCUUCCAGCUGAAGUCGAAUCACUUCUUUGUUUGAGGUACUUAGCCCUUCGUACAGCUCAGCCCAUGGAAUUCAUUCCACCAUCUAUAGCCAAGCUCUCACAUUUGGAAACCUUCCGUCUAAAUUCUUGCACGACGGUUUCAUUGCCAGAUAGCAUCUGGAACAUGAAGAAGUUGAGGCAUGUACAUGUACAGCGUAACUGCAUUAUUCUUCUCUCUUCCAGCGACAACGUUGUUGAAAACCUCUCCACUUUACCCAAUUUAGACACACUCUCAAAUCUGUGUCUUUAUCUUGAUCAAGAGGGAGAGAACAUAUUGAGAAGGAUUCCCAACGUUCACCAACUUCAAAUUUUCAAUUGUGGGGGACGAAAUAGAGUAUGCUGCAACAUGAGUCGACUAGAAUGCCUAGAGUCACUCACCUUAGGGGGCAACUAUUUCUCAGGUUCACGGGAACAUGUUGAGCUUUCUUUUCCCAUGAAUUUGAAAGAGUUAAGUCUUCAAGCUCUGGGUCUUCCCUGUAGAAAAAUGUCAUUGAUUGAACAACUACCCAAUCUUGAAGUCCUCAGAUUAAGAGAGCAGUCAAUGGACGGCCAAAAAUGGGAGCUGAUGGAAGGAGGAUUCCCUAAACUCAGGGUCUUGACUUUGGAAUGUGUAAAGAUUGUUGAGUGGAUAGAGACAGACCCUGACAGUGAUGAUUACUUCCCGUGCCUUCAGCAAUUAAAACUCCAAAUCAUUUCUAAUUUGGAAAUGAUGCCUGCUUGUCUACAGCAUAUAUCAACUCUUGAAACAAUUAAUGUGAGUUCUUGCGGAGAGGGUGUCAAAUCUUUAGUAAGGGAAAUUGAAGAAGCACAGGAAUAUAAUGGAAAUGAGAAUCUGAAGGUCAUCAUCAUAGAUUGAGCUGGUGCAAUAUCUGGGAGUGUGAUGGUCAUCUGUGUGGUCUGGCUUUCUUUGGUGCUUUUGUGGAAGAUUGAGGUGACAAUUGAAAGGAUCGAUGGCUCUUUUCUUGUCAAGACAUGGUGGAAACAAUCAAUGAGAUUUGUACACCGUGCACCAUUUUAUCAAUAUGCACGGCCGCUUAAAGGUUAUUCAGAUAUUUUGCUGUUGGUGUAUUUUGUGUAAUUUUGUUUUGCUGAAUUUA